CCAGCAGCAUCAUCUGACAUCAUCAGCUCAAGCUGUAGACAUGGGCAACUGCUUCGGCUCCAGGGGCAUCUGCGACCGGCCAAAAAACACCAACAUCAGACUCAGUUUACCCGCGGUGUGCUUCGUCUGGCAGGUGUCCAUGAUCAUACUUUUCGGAGUGUUUGUGCGGUAUAACGAGGAGGCAGACACUAACUGGGUUUACACGAAAAAGGAAAAAAAUAUAACAAGUGAUAUAGAGAACGACUUCUACUUCAGAUAUCCAAGUUUUCAGGAUGUUCAUGUCAUGAUCUUCGUGGGCUUUGGGUUCCUCAUGACCUUCCUGAAGCGCUACAGUUUUGGUGCUGUCGGAUUCAACUUCCUGAUCGCAGCUUUCGGCCUCCAGUGGGCUCUUCUGAUGCAGGGCUGGUUCAGUCCAUUGGGCGAUGAUGGAAAGAUCAAGAUCGGUAUUGAGAAAUUGAUCAAUGCAGAUUUCUGUGUGGCCAGUUGUCUAAUCGCAUACGGUGCGGUGCUGGGGAAGGUCAGUCCGGUUCAGCUGCUGGUCAUGACACUGUUUGGGAUCACGCUGUAUGCUGUGGAGGAGUUCAUCAUCUUAAGUGUCCUCAACGCCAAAGACGCUGGCGGCUCUAUGGUCAUCCAUACUUUUGGAGCUUACUAUGGUCUCUCCAUCUCAAGGGUUUUAUAUCGGCCCAAUCUGAAUAAAAGCAACCAUAUGAACGGGUCCGUCUACCACUCGGACGUAUUCGCCAUGAUCGGAACACUUUUCCUGUGGAUGUUUUGGCCGAGUUUUAACUCUGCUAUUUGUAAUCAUGGAGACGGUCAGCACAGAGCCGCCAUAAACACAUACCUGGCCCUCGCCUCCACCGUCCUCACUACUGUGGCUAUUUCCAGCAUGUUUGAGAAAACCGGAAAACUAGACAUGGUGCACAUUCAGAACUCUACCCUGGCGGGUGGCGUGGCCGUGGGCACCGCAGCAGAGUUCAUGCUGAUGCCGUACGGCUCUUUGAUCGUAGGCUUCUUCUGCGGUAUCAUCUCUACACUGGGAUACAUCUACCUCACUCCCUUUUUGGAGGAGAGGCUGAAGAUUCAGGACACCUGUGGCAUUCAUAACCUGCAUGCCAUGCCAGGGGUCAUUGGGGGAAUUGUGGGCGCCAUUUCAGCUGCUGCCGCCAGCAAAGAGGUUUAUGGAGACUUAGGUCUGGAAAACAUCUUUUCCUUUGAGGGCUCAAAUGUGACACGGUUGCCAACUGUCCAGGGUGGAUACCAGGCAGCGGCACUGUGUGUGGCCUUGUGUUUUGGCAUCGGCGGAGGAACGUUUGUCGGGCUGGUCCUAAAACUGCCCAUCUGGGGUGAUCCAGCUGAUGAACACUGCUUCAAUGAUGAGAUGUACUGGGAGGUUCCUGAGGAUGAAGAGAGCAUUAUUCCUCCCGUCUUAUCCUACAACAACCACAUGAUCCCCAACAACAAACAUGAGGAGAUGAGAGAGACCAACUUUGCAGAACAGCCGUGAAACUGAAGAUCAGCGGAGAGAGGUCAGAGACAACACAACUAACUACACCACCAGCCAAAAACAACACCACUGGCCUAAAACAAUACAACUGGCCUAAAACAACACAACUGACUACACCGCCGGCCAAAAACAGCACAACUAAACUACUAAACCAUCGGCCAAAAACAACACAAUCAGCUUCCACACCGGCCAAAAACAACUAACUAAACUACUAAACCACCGACCAUAAUCAACACACCAUCACAGACUAAACAUAUGUGUUUUAUCCUGCAAAUAUUCACACAGUGUGUUUGUAUAUAAGCAAGAUUUUCAGGCCAAUCUGAUUGAGGAGAAACACAACCUCCAAACCUCUGAACUCUAAACUUUAAUGAAAUCCAUUUUUGACAGCUGUUUAUUAUUACAGCUGCUGUUCGAUCAUUGUCAUGUCAUUAAUAUUGUUUUAUAGGGUGUGAAGGUAUGGAUUUUAUAUGUGCACACUGACCACAUCUCUAUAUUUAAUGUCUAUUUAUGUGUUUUUAUGAGCAUCAUUUCUCUAAAUCAGAUGUUUGUGGUUUUAUUAUCAUUGAGUAAACCAUAGCAGCAGUGUGCAAUAAUAUCUGUCUGUACAUAUUCCCUUGCUCUUCCUUAUAAUGUAACAUACACAUUGAUUUGUUUUAGAUCUGUCAGCAUGUUCACUUUAUUUUAAGAUGGUUUAAAAAAAGAAGUUAAUAUUGAAGUUUAUUAAUAAACAAAUUAAUAAAUUUAUAAGUAUUAAUGUUUUUUUAUGUUAGAUUAAUGGAUUGAAUUGA